GUUAGUGGCCGGUGGUCUGGAGCCUUGAGUCAGCUCGACUCUGGAGUUGUAGCUGGAAGUUUGACCGGGCAUAGCUUGGGAGCCAAGCUGAGUUGGGGCUCCAUACUCUGGGCUUACGGGGGUCUCCUAUUGGGCCCCCCAUGCCGGGAGCCUGUAGCCUUAACUCAGCUUGGCUCCCGAGUUAAGGAACUUUAGGACACCACGGGCUCUAUCUCAAUUGAAUUAAUAUCUAGCGCUUUAGUCAAGACCACCUAAACUGAGACCAAGUCGAGACCAAGACAAGACCAAGACCAGACUAGCACUCCUCAAAUUCAUCUGAAAGAUCCACAUUUACUGCCUGAGAAAUGUCUUAUUUUUAAUCAAUAAUUAAAAUUAGAAUAAUAAGACACUAUAUAGAUCGGUUACCAAAAAAUCACUAACAACAGAAUUCAUCUUUACACUGUAAUUGGUACAAUUACAAAUGCAUAAAUAAUGUUGAGAUUAAUGUUUAAAAAAUAAAAUUUUGUUUAUUGAACAUUUGUAUAAAAAAAAAAAUAAAAAAAAUCAAUAUCAAUAUCACGUUUGCAAUUGUGCUCAUAUUUGUGAAAACAGCCCUCUUUCUUUUGAUAUUGCUUAAUUAUAUCAUAUGUUAUAAUAUAAAGACCUUAUACAAGUACUUUUUUGCAAUCAUAUCUUGAAUUUUGUGGGCAUUUGUAUUAAUUUUGGUGACAUUUUUGACACAAUCCCUUGUUGAUUUCUGACCCGGCACAACAGUGACAAAAUAAACGAAAUUAGAAAUAAGUUAUUGAUUGCAUUUGAAGCAGGAAGAUUUACAUCCAAUCAAAUUAAUGAUGUUAACAAAGAAAUCAGACAAUGCAACGGCAAUUUAGCGAUAUCCCCGCAGUUGUGGUCUUGACCGGUCUUGAAAUAAAAUCCUGAGUACUUUUAGUCUGAGACCAAGACAAGACCAAGACCUUCAAAAAAUGGUCUUAAGGCUCGAGUACUACCACACUAUUAAUAUCUAAAUAUAGUUGUAAAUUAAGGUAGUAGGUAAGGUAAGGUAAAAGGUUAGUAAGGUAAAAGCACACAAAUAUUUGUUAUCAUUAAACACUUUCAUCUAGAAAAUUGAUCAGUUUAUAAUUAGAUGGAUUCCUCAUUGAAACACAUAAGGUGGGCUUAAAUGGUUCCACAGAGAGUAAUGGUGAAAAAAGACAAUGUUUUCCUUUAAAAAAUGUAAGAUAUGUUUACAAAGACAUGCCUGGAGCUUGAAUAUAAUGUAGACUAAGCAUCAUAGUAAUUUUCAUUGUGCUUGUGAUUAUUUUCAUUCGAGUUCAGCUUGUGUUGGCUCUAGUUUGCGUGUGUUUUGUGGCGCCGUACCAUAUAAGCCCAUCUUUAAAAAAAGUAAUUUAUGAAAAUAAUUUGCUCUACAAAACAAUUUGAUGUAUUUGUUUGUAAAUUAAUGUAAAAUGAAUCACAAAUCAUUCAUUGUUUGUAGUUCACGUGCUUAAUUCUUUGGCAGUCUAUCUUUCAGUAAGGCUAAUGGUUUGACCUUGAGAUUAGCUUUGUGCACAAGCUAAUAAAACUCAUCUUUCCAUCUAAAGAAAAAUGAUAUAAAAUAAUAAAGUACUAUUUGUUCAUUCACAAUACAUUUAUCUCUUAUUUGACAUAACAUACUUGCCAAAGAAAUGGCUGAAAAUUUCAGAAAUGUGUUGAUUUCUGAAGGGUCCCGAAAGACCAACGUUUUUGGGUAUCUUUCUGAGACAGCAUGAACAUGAGUGGAGCUAACUCGACAUUGACAAAUGUGAUAGGUAUGCAAUAGAAAUGGAUUUGUUAAAAUAAUGAGCAGCAUAAAAUAUGAUUUUCUCUUUUUUUCAUUUGACUUCAAAGUUGAAAGUGGGUUUAAAGGGUACAUGGGCUUAAUGGGUACACCCUAUAUUUUAAUGACUGAACAAGUCGGUCACUUUCUUCAGAAUUACACACAACUAACCGGUUUGUGUUGGGUGGAGCAGCUGAGAGGACUAUAUAAGAGAGAGCCCUGUGAAGGUUCUUUAAAGAUCUCUUCUGCUCUCGUCAGUGAAACAGCAGUGUCUUCUACAACAUCUUCUGUGCCACAAAUACAGAAGAAAACAAAAUGGCAAAUGCACAGCAAAUAACCAAGCUCAAUGUCUCCACCUGUAAGAACGAAGAGGAAAUACUCAGAGCUCAAGGUUAUCAUGUCAUCAAUGUUAACCUCAAUGAAGGUACUGGUGGAAACCGGGUCCUUCUUUGGUACAAGAAAGUGUCUGGCGAAACACCAGUGACCAGGAUCGAGUUUUCAUUCACUGACAAGAUGAAAUCUGGUCUGGCUGAUGCUGGAUAUGAGCUGGUCAACAAGGAUCUGAAUGCAGGAGUCAGUGGAGAUCACAUCUCUCUCUGGUACUUCUGCGGCAGCACUGAAUAUGACAUUCCUAUUGUGGAGCUCGAGGUAAGCAUAGACGCCAAAGAAGAACCUGCUCUUCUGAAAGAUGGCUGGGAGAGACUGGGCUGUAAUCUGAACCGUAAUGCAAGAGGAAACUUCAUCUACCUGUGGGUGAAGAGAGAGAAGACCAGCUACAUACAAGAGGUCGCAGCAUCUGUUGACUUCAGUUCUGACAAGCACAUGUUUGAUCUGGGCUACACUCGUGUGGAUGAAGACACCAAUCGGGGCUCUGGUGGAAACUACGUCUUCCUCUGGUAUCGGCGCACAACCGAUAAGAGCAAGGCUCUCACUGCUCUUGACGUAUCCACCUCCCACCAGGAGGAAGAAAAGCUUCGGAAGCAAGGCUAUAAAGUGCUCAGUGUUGAUCUCAAUAAAGGAACCAGUGGAAAAGUUGUCUUCCUAUGGUACAAGAAAGAAGGAGGUCAUUCGAUCCAGGCCAUGGUUCUGCUGAUCGACUCUGAGGCCUGGAUUGAGUAUCAGAAAGCUGGUAUCAACUUUAUCGACAAAAAUCUGAAUGAGGGCAACAAUGGCUGGAAAAUGCACAUAGCCUACAAUUAAAAUCACAGAAUCAUGCUGCCAUCACAGGAUCUUCUUCAGUUAUCUCAGUGGUAGAUCUAUAUGGCAAUCAUAUCUGUUUAUAAUCAUAUCUGUUUCUAAUGCAUGAUGUUAAUGUCACUCUUAAAAGCAUAUUGUGACCGUGGCUGUUGUACUGCACUCAACCACACACAUUUCAUUUGGCCUUUGUGUUUAUGUUGUAAUGAAUUAUGAAAUAAAUUCAACUUUAACCACAACGAACGCA